UUCUCUCGUGUGAUUCUCAUCUGUUGAGAUGUUCUUCACGCAGCUCCACGUCCAUCACCAAACACUGGGAGGCCGAGCUCGCCGCUCUGAAGGGAAACAACGCCAAACUGACGGCAGCGCUGCUGGAAUCCACCGCCAACGUCAAACAGUGGAAACAGCAGCUGGCGGCAUAUCAGGACGAGGCCGAGAGACUCCACAAACGCGUGACGGAGCUGGAGUGUGUUAGCGCACAAACCAGCGUCAUCAAAACUCAGAAAACAGAACUGAAUCAAACCAUCGAGGAGCUGGAGGCUGAACUCAAAGCUAAAGAGCAGGAACUUGAGAAACUGAAGGAAGAGGUGGAAAACGCCAACCAGCUGCAAGAGCAGAAAGAUUCGCUCGCUCAAAAGUUGCAGGAGAAAGAGCUGAGGAACGCCGAGUUAGAAGCUCAGCUGUCCGAUCUGGAGCAGCGUCUGGACAACAGCCAGCUGGAGGGAGAGAGCUUCCGCAAGAGUCUGCGCUCGCUACUCGACCUGCUGGACGGGAAAAUCUUUGAGCUGACGGAACUGCGAGACACUCUGGCCAAACUCAUCGAGAGUGGCAGCAGUUAAACACACACGUGCGCUGCGCUACACCGUCACACAUAUUAUACAGAGAGUGAGCUGCUGUGAUCAUCUCACAUUCCACAUGCAUGUUAAACACACACACACACACACACCACAGCAUUGUGUAAACAUGCACACACACACACACACACACACACACACCACAGCAGUGCGUAAACAUGCACACACACACACAACAGCAGUGCG